AUUUCCUUCCUCUCUUCCUUCAUUGUGCUGUGCUCCUUCAACAUGAAUGAGAAAGCCAAAGUAUCAAAGGAGCUCAAUGCCAAGCACACCAAGAUAUUGGAAGGACUUCUUAAGCUGCCUGAGAACAGGGAAUGUGCAGACUGCAGGAACAAGGCACCGCGAUGGGCAAGUGUGAAUCUAGGGAUUUUCAUUUGCAUGCAAUGUUCAGGGAUUCACCGAAGUCUGGGAGUGCAUAUAUCAAAGGUGCGGUCCACAACUUUGGAUACGUGGUUACCAGAUCAAGUUUCUUUCAUGCAAUCUAUGGGUAAUCAGAAGUCAAAUAAGCACUGGGAGGCGGCGAUGCCACCAAAUUUUGAUAGAAGUAAAAUGGGAAUUGAGAAGUUUAUUCAUUCCAAGUAUGUGGAGAAAAGAUGGGCUUCAAAAGAUGAGUUACAGCCAACUUCAAAGUCAACUGAAACAAUAUGUAAUUUUAAUGAGUCACCAAACGGAGGGGCUAGGAAUUGUGUUCCAAAGAACAUUAGGAGACUUUCUCUUGAAGAAAGCAUUCUAGCAAACCACAUGGCACAAAUUCUGCCACCAAUGACAAGAUCUACAGGGGGUUCUUUGAUCAUGCAAAAGAAGAAUUCACCUCCAUUAAAGAGGCCAUCUUCAUCAGUUGAUUUUGACAAGUCCACAGGAAAGAGUAAUGGUUCAGCUGACAUUUUCAGCUUGCUUUGCAUCCGUGACGAUAAACAGAACUUCUCAAUUGUUCCUCCUUCAAGCUGGGCAACAUUUGAUUGUUGGUUUGAGGACCAAGUUUUGAAUCAACACACUGCCGCAGGAUAUAAUUAA